GCCGACAAAGUUUUAGGAAUGAGUUCCAUUACCGAGGAUCAAGUGAAAGCUAUCGGAGGCGUGUUGAAUGACCCUAACCGUCCUCUCAAAGAGCGCUUCAGGGCUCUCUUCACUCUGCGAAAUGUUGGUGGUGCAACUGCUCAAGAGUGCAUAAAGCAAUGUUUCAAGGAUCCCUCUGCUCUUCUCAAACACGAACUUGCGUACUGUUUGGGUCAAAUGCAAGAUCAUGCAGCCAUCCCAACCCUUGUGUCAGUCUUGAGAGACAAGUCUCAAGAGGCCAUGGUGCGCCAUGAAGCAGGAGAGGCCCUAGGAGCACUUGGUGCCCCAGAUAUCUGUGCCAUCCUGGAGGAGUUUAAAAAUGACCCUGUUGUUGAAGUAGCCGAAACAUGUGCACUGGCAUUGGACCGCUUGUCAUGGGUAGAAAAACAUAGAGAAGAUGGACGAAGUGAAAAUCCGUAUCAGUCUGUUGACCCAACACCACCUUCUGAGGAGAAAGAUGUGUCUAAAUUGAGGACUGUGUUACUGGACGAGAAUGAAUCACUAUUUAAUCGGUAUCGUGCCAUGUUUGCUCUUCGAAACCUGCGCUCAUCCGAUGCUGUUCUUGCCUUAACAGAUGGCCUUAAAGCUGGAAGUGCGCUGUUCAAGCAUGAAGUAGCAUUUGUUUUAGGACAACUGCAGGAUCCUGUGUCAGUGCCAGCGCUCUUGGAAUCCCUUUCUGACAAAACUGAGAAUGAAAUGGUAAGACACGAAUGUGCCGAAGCUCUGGGUGCUAUUGCCACAGAGGAAUGUAACAGUGGGCUUGAAAAACACUUACAUGAUGAAAAAAGAGUUGUAAGUGAAAGUUGUGUUAUCGCACUUGAUAUGUGUGAGUAUGAAAAUAGUCCUGAAUUUCAGUAUGCUAAUACACUUCUUUCUGUGAAGUGAGGGGUACAAUAUUGUUAACUUUUGUGUGUACCCUAAUUCUAAGCACAUUCAUACAACUAAUCAAAAGUGGUGUUCAGGCUGUGUUCUGUGUCUUUGAUAUCAAAUUUAAUAAAGUGUUUAGAUCGUUUUA